UUUAAAGCGCUGAGAGCGUGCGGUGUUUUAGUCGCUUUAGUCGCUUUUUUAAUACAAGCGCGUAAAUUAAAAAUAGCAAACACAUGUGAUUAAAUGUACACGUAAUUAAUAUAUACGUAAAAUAGUGUGAGGUGAAAACAAAAUGACAACAACAACAGCAACAACUACAGCCGAGGGCAGUGGAAUAGACACGGAACAUGCAGAGCCCAUGGAUGUGCGCAUCAAUAUGCCCUGGGGAUAUGUGGUAGGUCGUUGGUAUGGCAAUCGUCAGGUACGUCCCAUUUUGGCCCUACACGGCUGGCUGGACAAUUUGGGCACCUGGGACAAAUUGUUGCCGCUGUUGCCCAAGCACCUGGGCGUCCUUUGCAUCGAUUUGCCGGGACACGGUUAUUCCUCAAAGCUGCCGGAGGGGAUUGCGUAUCAUUUUACGGACUACCUGUGUGUGAUACUGCGAAUUAUGGAGGAAUACAAUUGGCAGAAGGUCUCCUUAAUGGCACACUCGAUGAGCGCCAUGUUGUGCUUCAUCUUUGCCUCCCUCUAUCCGCAUCGGCUGGACAUGCUGAUCAGCAUUGAUAUAGUGAGGACCCGAUAUCGUAAGCCGCCCUCACAAAUCGAUUACUUACGCACAAAUAUCGAGCGAUAUAUGAUCGAAGAUGAGCGUUUUGCGAAUGCCAAAAGAGAGGAACCACCAGCCUAUACCUGGCAGGAAAUGGAACUGGUGCUACACAAGGGAUCCUCGGGUUCCGUAUCCCUGGAGAACAGUCAUCACAUACUUGCACGGAAUGUGGCCAAAUCCACUAAAUAUCCCGACAAGUAUUUCUUUUCUCGUGAUGGACGUUGCAAGUAUUAUUUUGAAUUCCACACGAGUCCUCCGUUUGCCGCUGAACUGGCAAGGACUAUUCGCAAUGUGCCCUAUUGUGUGAUCAAGGGUUCCGAGUCGAAUUUCAUUGAUGAGGAGAGUCAGGAGGUGAUUGAUAUACUACGCUCCAAUAAUCCGCACUUUCAAAUCCACGAGGUGCCAGGCACACACCAUGUACACCUCAAUAAUGCCCCAGGUGUGGCAGAUAUUAUAAAUCCCUUCAUCAUGCACCACAGGCCGCCACAUCUCGAGACUUGGACUGUGGAUCCCGCUGAAUCCGCAGAGUUGCCCGAGGCAAUUCAACAAUUCGCUCUUCAGGUGGAUGAUGCCGAGAAUGUCAAGCGGAGAAAGAGAAAAAGCAACCUAUAGCUGUUGCACUCACAUCUGAGAGGCGUCGACAGCGCGAGAUGUUUUUUAAACCCAACCUAACUUGAGGACUAAAGGCUUUUCAAUCAACUAAAAUUGAUUAAAAUCAAGCCACAACUUAGAUUUAAUUUUGUUGUAAAGAAAAAUGUGAUUCAACAGACUUAAAACACUUUUGCUGCUAUUUCGCCAGCUUGCAUUACCUUUCAAUUCAAACUACAUUUAGAAAAUCUAUUAUCAUAAAAAAGAAUUUGA